UUUAGUCCGCAAUGAGCUCAGAUGUGAUGUCAUGUGUCACCAUACAAAAUCCUUCAAAAGAGUACUAAGCAUUUGCUAUUAUCAUUACCCAUCAAAACACCCAGGUACAGAAGCACUAACAUUUUCUCUUUGGCUUACCAACCUUGGAUCUGAAAUGGCAAAGUCACCCGAAGAAGAACACCCUGUCAAGACCUUUGGCUGGGCUGCAACGGACCCAUCUGGUCAUCUCUCUCCUUUCACCUUCUCCAGAAGGGUAACUGGUGAAGAAGAUGUGAGGUUUAAGGUGCUGUAUUGUGGGAUUUGUCAUUCUGACCUUCACAGUAUCAAGAAUGAAUGGGGCUCCUCCAACUACCCCAUGGUUCCUGGGCAUGAAAUAGUAGGGGAAGUGACAGAAGUAGGCAGCAAAGUGGAAAAGGUUAAGGUGGGAGAUAAAGUGGGUGUGGGAUGCAUGGUCGGAGCUUGCCACAGCUGCGAUAGUUGUGCAAACGACCUUGAAAAUUACUGCCCUAAACUCAUAUUAACCUACAAUGGGAUUUACUACGAUGGAACCAUAACUUAUGGAGGCUAUUCAGAUUCAAUGGUCGCCAAUGAACGCUACGUUGUUCGUAUCCCUGACGGCAUGCCCCUUGACUCUGCAGCUCCUUUGCUUUGUGCUGGAAUCACUGUUUACAGUCCUUUGAAAUACUUCGGAUUAGGUGAACCUGGAAAGCAUAUCGGCAUUGUUGGCCUUGGUGGUCUUGGUCAUGUUGCUGUUAAAUUUGCCAAGGCUUUGGGGUCCAAAGUGACUGUAAUUAGCACUUCUCCUAAUAAGAAGGCUGAAGCCUUGGAACAUCUCGGUGCUGACUCUUUUUUGGUUAGCCGUGACCAAGACGAACUACAGGCUGCCAUGGGUACGUUUGAUGGAAUUAUAGACACAGUCUCUGCUACUCAUCCAAUUAUGCCACUGCUUGGUCUGCUAAAAUCCCAUGGGAAACUUAUUAUGGUUGGUGCACCCUACGAGCCACUUGAGGUACCUGCAUUUUCGUUGAUCAUAGGAAGGAAGACGAUGGCUGGAAGUGGUAUCGGAGGAAUGAAAGAGACACAAGAGAUGAUUGAUUUCGCAGCUAAACACAACAUAAAAGCAGAUAUUGAAGUUAUAUCCAUGGAUUAUGUGAACAAAGCGAUGGAGAGGCUUGAACAGGCUGAUGUCAGAUACAGAUUUGUAAUUGACAUUGGAAACACCUUGGCUGCCACCAAGCCUUCAAGUUGAAAACCACUAAUCCGUUGCUUUGAAAUGCUCGGAUGUUGCAGUAGUUUCGUGGUUGAAUGUCGUUUGCUUAAACAGACUUUGGUAUGCUAUGCUUAGAACAAUCGAUGAAUAAAGAGUGCAGAAUGCUUCA